UGUAAACGAGAAAGCGGGCCGUUGUUCCCUCGAGUUCGAGAGCAGAUUGUAUUGAUAGAGCAAAGCAUUCAGCGAUCUUUUCAAACUGCGAUUGUAAACAAGAUCUUUAAUCAUGUCUGUUGCAUUUAUGUCACAACAGGGAAGGUCAAAAAACCCUCCACCAAAUCCUGCAACGAUUCAGAAGUUGCUGGAUGAAAACUAUCAGCUUAUUCAGACAAUUGCUGACUACCAAAGUAAAGGUCGAGCUAGUGAGGGGAUGCAAUAUCAGCAGAUUUUGCACAGAAACCUUGUAUAUCUUGCCACCAUUGCUGAUGCCAACACCAAUAUACAAGCCCUCCUGCCAGCACCUGGUCAAGCAAUGGCUCAGCCAGGUGGUCAGAUGAUGAGGUCCCCAAGCCAACAAGGAGUCAUGGGUGCCCCAGUUCCAGGUGGUCCCAUGGCAAGUGGGGGAAGCCAGGGAACAUAUGCACCUGGAGGAAACAUACCCCAAGGAGCAGCACCAGGGGGAGGCUACCCUCGACCACAGAUGGGCCAGCAGAGUGGUCAGUCCCCAAUACAGCAAGGUAUGGGUGGUCAGCAAUAUCCAAUGACAGCACAACAGCCAUCUAUGAUAGGGCAGCAACCAGGAAUGAUGGGGCAGCAACAAGGAAUGAUGUCCACACAGCAGGGCUUGAUGGGACAGCCACAGGGGAUGAUGGGACAGCAGCAGGGGAUGAUGGGACAGCAGCAGGGAAUGAUAGGGCAGCAGCAGGGAAUGAUGGGGCAGCAGCAGGGAAUGAUGGGACAGUCUCAGUCGCAGCAGCCAGGACAUCCACCUCAGGUUAUGUCUCCUUCCCAGCAGUCUGGCCAGAGCCCUAUGGCAAGCCAGGCACAAGGCAUGAUGCCAUCACAAGCACAACAAGGAAUGAUGCCGUCUCAGUCACAGGGUGGGAUUUCACAGCAGCCAGGCAUGAUCUCCCAGCAUCAAGGCAUGGGCACCAAUCAGCAACAGCCCCUGAUGUCCCCUCAACAGUCCAUGAUGCCAUCCCAGCAACCCACCAUGAUGCCAUCUCAGCAACCAAGCAUGACCCCUCCACAGCAGCAACAGCAGCAGCAACAGCAGCAGCAGCCCAUGUUGUCAUCACAGCAGUCCAUGAUGUCUCAACAGCAGGGCAUGGCCACUUCUCAGCAGCAACCAAUGAUGUCACCACAACAGCAGGGGAUGAUGUCAUCCCAGCAGCAGCCUAUGAUGUCUUCGCAGGGGCAGGGACAGAGUGGCAUGAUGUCGCAGGGUCCAGGGGGCCAGAUGAUGAGUGGUCCAGGACAAAAUGGCCCAAUGAUGGGGCGUGGAAUGCCCAUAAAUGCCUACCGCAGGCCACACCCACAGGGUUCCCAGUUCAGUCCACAACAGCAACAGUCUCAACAGCAACAGGGUGGUCAAUAUCCACAGCAGCAGUACCCUGCAAAUCAGCAGCCUUUCCCACCAUCCAGUGGUCAGUCAGGACAGGCAGUGCCACCAUCCAAUCCUUCUCAACCACAAUCCUUCACUGGGCAGCAGCCAUCUUUUCCACAGUCCCCUCAGGGGCAGUACUCCUCUUACACUAACCCAGGAAACCCUCAGCAGCAGCAACAACAGCAGCAGCAGGCUUCUCACCAGUCUCCACAACAGCGCUUUGGUCCCUAUCCUCGACCCCAAGGUCCUAUGGGUUCCCAGAUGCCUCAGCAGAUGCAGGCGCCAGGUGGGACCCAAUCUAUGACCAGCAUGAACCCACAGGGUCAGAUGGGUCCCCAACAAGGUACAAUGGCUAAUCAGGCAAGUCAAGGAUAUGCCUACAACCAGGGUCAAUAUUAACAAUGAGCAGAGAUGGAACAUCUACAAGAUGACAGGCAUUUAGACCUUGGGGACACAAGGAGAAUUACUUGGGGAGAACAAAUUGUGCAGGCAGUGCUGAUAAGUCAACAGAUAGCUGCUAGAAGCAGGUUUUACAUGGUUGGGAAAAGUCCCAGGUGCUGUGGACUUAUCUUGCCUACCUCUGUGAGGACUUUCUGGAAAAGGGGUGCUAUUUUUGCAAGCACCAUUGCAAGUUUAGACAAUUUAAACUAUGAGACAUUUUUGUCACAGUUAAUGCUGGUUUAACUUUGUGGUAGCUGUUGAAAGUGAAGUGUUUGUUCCGCAUGCUAAAAAUUCACAGGUUUGUCCAUGUCUUGAGUUGCUAUUCCAAAACAUUUUUUGAUCUUUUUUUUCAGUUUUUGAAAAUGUUGAAAAUUGAAUGUGUGAUGGAAGAGCUCUGUAUUCUGGUAAUUAUUGUGCUUGAGUUUAGAGCAGGUCACUGAGUUAUGGCUGAUUCUGCUGCGGCUGUACCUCUCUGCCAAUCAUACAUCAGUAAGUACUUAUUUCAUGAGGAAUAGUUAAGACAAGGGAAGGAAAAGGUUGGACUGUGCCUUCCCUAUGCCAUGUCCUAAAUAGGAAGGUCCAGCCACUUAUACUCUGGUCAGUAGACUAUAGUCUUUGAUUUUUACUUGACUUGUUAUCAAGCAUUUAAAAUUCCCAGAUUUCUGUUGAUUUAAAAAUUCAGUUGAUUGCUCUCUAUAACUUACGUUAACAAGUUGCUGAAAUCUGUAAAACAGUCAAGAUAGGUGUAACUUAUGUCAUUGAUUCAAAAUUUCAAGACACAGGCUGCAGUUAUCAACUGUGAUGGGCUGUAUUCUUUGGCUACUCUCAGUUCCUGUAAAAUUUUCUGUAGUGUUUGAUUAUUACCAAGUUAUAUCUUCCCCAUGUACCAGCAUUCUUUUUCUCAUGUAGACUGAUUGAACAUGGAAAAGUUAAAGGAAAAAUGAGCCAUAAAGUAAAGAAAGUGGUAAAAGUGAUAUAUUCUGAAGGACAUGUCUGUCUUCCUGCCCUUUGUUCUCCAAUCCUGUUAGCCCCUGUGUCUUCUCAUCUGUUAUUUUAACCCUAUGUGAUGCUCCAUAACGGCAUAAUACUGCAUCAAGUUCAGAUUAUGCCCUAAUUGUACUAACAGUACUAACUUGUAAAUAAUUUUGAUACUUCAUGCAUGCUUUCAAGGUGUAUUUUUGUACUGAAUGUUGAUGUGGGUAAAAGACUGUUUCCUUCCUAUCUUCAUGUUUAAUAGUAAAGAUAUUGUGUAUAUUUUGUAAGAGACAAUUCUUUGAGUUGAAAAGUAGGAUAUGAAUGUAGUUUGUAGCUCCAAGGCAAUAGAUUGUUGCUGUACAAUAGGCAUUGAUGUGUCCUUAUAUUAUUAUCAUGAUAUAUCCCUUCGUGUUUGUGCUCUACCACAACAUUAGGGUCACCCUCAAACACUAAUCAAGUACCCAAGUAAUAUGAAUGGUAGAAUGUUUACAACAAAUAAAAAACAAAAGCUACAGAUGACAAUAGAUGGAAACUUCUGGCCUAAGAACUGGAGAUGUUUCUUGAACAGGUCCUAAGUGCAUGCUUGAAAGACUUCUGCUGAUGCCAUAGGACAUAAGGCAGUUACAACAAGUAGAUGAUGAAUGGACAAACAUGCAUUCACUAGAGCUUUUUAUCCCGAUGCCGGGAACAUAAAGAAGGCAAGUACCUGCAGAAGUACAGCUUGGGGUGUAGUGAGUUAGAAGGUUAGAAGAGAAAGAAGUAGCAGAGCCUGCAGAGAACCUGUAACAGAGAGUUGCAAGUUUGUAUGCUGUUUACAAACCUGAAUCGAAAGCCAGUGAAGAAUAUAGAGAAAAGGUCUAGCCUGAUAUUCUACAAAAAUAUGGCCCAUUGACCAGUUUUCUGUUCUUGUUAUUCUUUAUCUUUAAACUAGUGUAGCAAUAAACAUAGUACUCUAUAUAAAUGUCUGUAGUGUUUUUCCUCAUCAGCUGUUAUGAAAAAUGUUAGUGUUUUCAUUGUAAUGUCAAAUGAUUCACAGUUUAAAAAGUGUCAUGUUAGUUACCAGCAGCUACUAAUGAAGGAUGUAAAAAAGUAAGCAAAAGAGAAAGACAUGCAACAGUUUUGUUUUAGAUUGAGAAAUAUACAUCCUAGUUAAAAAAUAAAGCACAUGGAGGAAUAUUGUGCUUUUUUAUGUGUGACUUGUCUGUUGAGGGAAUUCAAUUCAAACAGUAAUGACAAAUAUAUUGCUUGGUGGUGCGAUUAAUGUGCAAAAAAUAGAAUCUGUUUUAUGCCCUGCUGUUUACAAAAUUUUUAUUCAGUUUACAAGAAAAUAUACAAAAGCUUGUGCUCGUCAGUAUAAAGCCGGACCUGAGUCACAUUAACCUUGGAUAAUUUUGGCAUUUGAGCAUUUUAAGGACUUUAUUUUAAACUGAAUCAGUGGAUAUGCUGACAUUAGCUAGAUAAAGAAUAAAGCAAAUCCACAGGUCUUGCUAUUUUUUUUUUUUUUUUUUUUGCUUUUGGUAAAUGAUAAAGUAACCAACAGUUUUUUUUAUCUUUCCCUCUCAGACCUGUAUUUUUUUUGUUUGUCAAAUAUUGUGUGUCCUAGAGAACUGAUGGUGGUGGUUUUAACAAGACUUUGUUGUUCUGCCUGUGGAUGUUGUGGCAAGUUUGAGCUAAAUUUGGAGGGGGGAGGGGAUUUAUUUACUGUAAAAUGACUGUUCAACUUGGAAAAGAAAGGUGAAUCACAAUUCACACUGCCAGUCAGGCAACAUGUUGGAUAAAAUUGAAGGAAAUGUUUAAAAGAAAUACCUCUUGGAAUAGUAUAUAUAUACAGAUACAUCUAUCAGGUUUCCAUUUUGUACUGGGAUGUAAGUGAAUGGCAGUUCUAAGUUGUAUGUGUCCAGUUGUGGCAAGUGUAUUGUGUAUUAUCAGAUGUUGGACAGCUACUGUCUUCAGGACGUUGGACAACUGCUGUCUACAACACUUUUGGUGGAAAUGUACUCAGUGGCUAUCAUGUCUGUUUUGCCAUCACAAAUAAACAUGAUGGCAGAAUAUUAUACCAUGCUAUUAUAACAAAUUAUUAUAACAAUGCUCAGUACUUACAUUAUCAAUAGAAAUCUGUAGCUUUCUAUUGAGAUAAGUCUGGUAAUUUAGCUAUAGCGAGUACACCAGCUUUAGUGUGGAAUGGUUGAUAGUGCAUUGACCUGUCUUCAUCCCUCUCUCUUUCCACUGGUGGAUGGGGACUGUUGGUUGGUGAAUGCAUGCUCAGUGUACUCAGCCCCAAGUAGUGCACAUUCAUACAGUAACUCAUUUAGAGAAAGUAGUAGAGUAUUGCUUAUUUGCUGAAACACCCAUGAGUUGACACGGCUAGGAGCUGCACCUUUGGAAGAUGGAGGCAAGGCAGGAUAUUUUCGUUUUGUUAAUCCCCGUUCAGUGACAUCAUUACCAAAAUUAUUUCAUAGAGCAUGGAAUCACAUGUGAAAAAUAUAGAAGGAAUGAAAGGUGUGAGAAACUAUUUCGACCAUCCCAAAGAUCUGAUCUGCAUGUGGGUUGGCAGCUGAGGACGAAAGAGUCAUGUCUGUUCAAAUACUCUUGAUUCACAAUGGUUAAGAUUUGACCCAUUUUCUUUAAAAAAAAUGUUGGGUGAUGAAUAUUGCACAUAUGCAUUUACAAGAGACUGAUGGCCCUGGCCUAUUGCUGGUGCUAUAACUAUUAUUUGGACUGGUGUAAUUUACAAAAUCGUGCAUGCUCAAUGGUGCAUUUCUUUGCGUUGGUUUCAAGAAAUGCCUCGAACUUUAAACAUGGUGCCUUGGCUAAGCAGUGAAAACUGUCGGUCGAGUCAGCUUGGAGUAUGUUGUGUUCAGUGUGCUGUUACACAAAAGCGACAUGGUUAUUGUAUCAAUAAUCAGCGUAGACUUUUUGACUGGCUACUUUUGGGAGCAGUUCAUUGGAAGUUAAAGAACAUCUAAUGGAGAGAAUUUAGAAGGUUGCUAGGUGUAACCAUGACUGCUCCACCAGCCUGCCUUUCUUCUUUUCCCGGGUUUUGUGCUCAUGGUGUACUCUGCUUAAACGAAGCAACAUGUUGACAGUUUUGAAGUGCCAAGAAAUUUUUUUCUGAUGCCUAGUGGUGUUUUCCUGUUGUGUUCAAUGAAGUAACUUUUGUGCAGAGACUAAUAAAGAACAAUUGACUAUG